GGAGGGCCAUGACCUGGCCGUCAGAGGGCCAUUGCCCAACUGCUAGAGGGCCACGGCCUGGCCAUUGGAGUGCCAUGGCUUGGCUGCCAGAGGGCCGUGGCCCAGCCAAGGUGCAGGAUGUCCCCAUGGGCAGUGUGAGCUACCCCACGUCCCGAGGGUGGACAGCCUGGCCCUGCCAUGCAACCCACAACACCCUCUGACCCCUUGCAGCUGCUCCACAACUCUUCCAUCAGCAAAUUUGUGCAGCCAAGCUUUAACCUGGACAAAAAUAAUAAGGAGGGUAUAAACUUUAGACAGCACUCUUGUAAAUAUCUAUGUUGUCAUAUGUGAAUGAACAAAUUAAACCCCUUUUCUGCAGGAGGUAGGUGUGGCAAGGGGUAGAGAGAGAGGGAAGACAAUCAGGAAUAGGGGUUAAGAAAAGUUAAAGAAAUAAAAAUAAAAAUAAUUAAAAAAAGCAGAUCAUCUUGGAAAGAUAUUUGACCUUUAUUUGAUCCAGCCAGUGCAUGAGGGGAAGAGUGGGUAUGGAAUUAUUUUCCCAAAUUCAUGUGUGUUUUUCACAGAAUGAAUUAAUGCCUCAUUGAAAAGGUGACUUGCAGUUGGCAUUUAAGGCAGCCUUGCUGCCUGGCUUUGGAAUUAUUCCCAUUGUUGUUCACACAAAGGGAAAAUAAACUCAACCACUUGGCUUCCUUUUCCCUGAAAUGUAUGUCUAAGAUCGCAGCUUAGAAAAGAAACUAAAUGGCAGAUGGCAACAUCUCUGCAAAGUAUGUGCACACUGAGCUAUACAGGCUGGCAAAUUAAUUUGUUCAAAGAAAAUGACAGAGAAAGAGAGAGCUUUUCUUAGAGUGUGAAGGAAUGAUAAAAAAAUUGAAGCUCUCUUUAGAAAGUCUUGGGCAGCUCUUUGACUAUGUGUGUUGUUACCACAUAAUCAAGAGAAAAUAUCAAGAAAUUAUUUACUUUUACUUUUGCUGUGGGGCAUUACUCUUCAUUGCAGUGGUAGCAAGAAAUGCUUCUAGAGAAUCAUGUGAAGUUGUGUGUACUGAGGUUGUCUGCCUUUCCCUCACCUUGAGCCACACUGCAUGGGGGGCUUCACAGCAUGUACCCAGGCAUGGGUCGGGCAGAUAUCCCCUGCCUCUCCUGCAGCCCUUACCCAUCUCUGAGGGAGAGCGCCAGGAAACCAGUUCUUUUCUCCCUCACAGCAGGGCAAAGGGGUACUGAGGUUUGCAUCACAUCCUCGUGAUCCCUGGCUUUUUCAGUAUGAGCAGAGUGCAUCAGUGUGCACCUUCCCGCUCACUAGACAGAAAUAAAGCACCAGAGGAUCACUGGCUGUGUCUUCUGAUAGACUCCCCAAGAAGCGUUUGGUCACACAGCAAAGCUGCGUCUCUCCCCUGGCCCAAGUGAUCCCACAGCAGUUGGCCCAACAGCUGCUUUAUUACAUUUCAUAUCAUUUUUGCUUCAUGCUGCCUUUGGUAUCAGAAUAGCUAGAAAAUAAAUCAAACCACAGAUUACAGAGUGCUUUAAAAUCUCUUUUGUUCAAGAGAUAUCUCAGAUUAAAGUAAUGCUUAGAGGAGACUGCCAAAAGCAAAGGAAGCAUUUGAGACGUUGAGGGAGACCUGUACAGAGUUCAAACAUGCUCAGGAGAAUCCCUGUUUCUAGUGAUGAUACGAAACAAACACCUAUCUCCAGAGAAGGUCUGAGGUCAUGUUGUUCAUAUAGCAAUGUCUUCUGAUUCCACUCUAAGACCCAAACCCCCAAAGUUUGGAAAAUGAACAAAAGGAAGGUUUAAUCUGCUUCUAUAUUGCUUCUAUAUUCUAUAUCUGCUUCUUUAUGCUGCUUCUAUAAGAAAGAGUGUCCCAGCAGAACGUCUCUCUGUGAAACAGCUCUAUUUUCUUACAACCCUGAGGUGUAUAUCAAGAUUUUGGACCCUAAACUUGCUUGGCAGAUUUUAUUACUGUGUUACCUGCCUCCUUGGGGUAUACAGCUUCUCAGUGAGCUUGUGUUUGUAAAGCUCUAGAAGGUUCAUAGAUGGAGAACUAAGAGAAGCAAUCUUUAUCUUUACACUGUGUCCAUGUACCUUCUUUCUCCUUAAGGCCUGGCCUUCAAUACGCAGGUAACUAAGGUAUGAUAUGGUUCCCCUUGGGCACAGUGACAGAACAUAUUUCCUAUUUAUUGCUUCACAGAGUUGAUUUCUAUCAGUAGUGCAAUACAUUUGUACUGAAGCAGAAGCCAACACAUCCCAAAGAAAAACACACCGUAGAAAGAGAAUUGAGUCUGCUGAGCUGCAUGGACAUGAAGGCAGGCACCCAUCCCCUGGGCUAGGGACACCGCUGGUGCAACGCACCACAGCAGGGCCCUGAGCGAUGCUGCACACACGCUGCUGUGGGAUCUCUGGGGCAGCACCGUAACCACAGGCUUUACCCACACCACAGUGGAGUCUAGGUAAGCGUCAAGCUGCGAGGAAGAAGACUGCUUUCCCUGCUUUUUCAACUCUGAAUGUGCUUGAGGCACUUCAUAUAAGGCUGCUUUGCAUAUGUUUUGAGAAAUCCUUCAAUAUAGACGAUGAGUCUCCAUUUACACCUAUAUCAGCCCACUAGGGACCACGUGGUUACAGGUAGAGAAGCCAACUGGAGAGUCUCCAAUUAUCCUGAGUCGCAAUUGCAAUGGUUACACUUCCAUAGUCACAAGACGAAAAAAAUAAGGCAAGGUGUGCUGGCAGCAUAAUGAGCCCCCAGAAAUGGGCCCUGCUACACUUAGGGAAAGAAAGACAAAUAUACAUGCACUCACAUUAGGAAAAACUGCUCGGCUAUUUUCCUAGUUACCAGUCCUGGCAAAUACCCCUAAUUAGGAAGACUCACAGACAAAAGAUGUAAGAAACCAGAGCUAGUAUUGCUGACUACUCAUGCUGGUCUUCGGGAUUUGAAAUUUAUGCUCCCCGGUGAAAACUUUGACAGUGUAUAUGAAUAACAUCUCUAAUGACAUAAGUGAUAAAAGUGAGUUGAAAUAGGGUUUCAGAUGUACUCUUUUCCAGAAUACAGGUCUUCCAGCAGCCUUAUUAGACACCCCAGAUGAUCAGCCACAUUCCAUCCAGCCAGGAGGCAGAGUUAUUAACUGAGAAAUUCUCACAAAAUGUUCCCCAAUAACAGUUUGUGAGAAAACUUCCUCAAUUUUUGCCUACAACAACUCUCACAGGCCUCAGGUUAAACUCUGAUCUGAUCACAAACAGAAGAGCUGUUGACUGGCUGCUUUCUCCAGAGACACCUGAGUUUCUUUCACUGAGACUAAUGGACAGUGUUUGCAACUUUCACAGCAGGAAUGAAAUGGAAGAAAAAAAGACAGUCUUUGGGGGAAGAGGAUGACUAUGUGAGCAUCUAUGUAAGCUAUAAGCAUCACUGAUACCCCAGGAUGGAUUUGCAGUUUAGCUGAGGAGGCAGCAACUCACUUAUGAUCCCCAGCAGUAUUGUCAAACUCCUCUCACUUGGAGACACAAUUUCUUGAUCUUUUGAAACAUCUUGGGCAAGCGAGGACAAGUUUACUCUUUUGGAUUCACAAGGAUAUGUAUUUACCCAUUUACUUCAACAUCAACUCCUUCAUUUGAUUUACCCAAAAAUCUUCAGUUACUAAGAGCCCAUUUUUAAAUCCUUGCCACAAGAGACAGCCUCUUGUGCUGAGUGAAUGUUCUGUAAAUGUGCAAGUAUAAAGUCAUAUAAUGGUCCUUUCAGCAGUAAGCUUCUGGAACCUAAAUACUGACAAAUUGACUGGGGUCACAUCUGUUAAAUGCUCCAUAUGUGCUGGUUGAAAGAGCCUGACACUACCUUCCUCUCAAAUGUUAGUAGUUUGGCGAAAACACUCUUUUGCAGCUCAGUUCAAUUCCCAGUAAAAGCAGUUUUUCAUUUAUUGCAUUUAUUUUUUAAGUUUGACCAAACCCCAUCUGCCAUUUAGUUAUGACUGAAAAGAAACAUACUUCCAGUCUCCUUCUACAUGCAGGCAGAUACAGGCAGCAGCGGUGGGUGCUGGCCUCAGCUGGACUGAGCUGCCCCAGGCAGGCCAGAGAGCUCCUGCCCCAGUGGUGGGUGCACAGCAAAUCACCCCUCCACGCACUCAUGGCCAAGCCAGCAAAAUGCCAUUCCCCCAAUGGAAAGAGGAGGCAAACCACACUUUUCCCUGUGCCUUCUCUGCCAAGUAAUUUGCAUCUGUCCAGCAGGCACAGCCAGCCCUCAGCGCUGCAGGUGGGAAGGGAGCAGGGCAGUGCCCUGGGGACAGAAAGCUGUGCCUGGGAAAGUGCUCCAAAAACUGGGGAAUCUCAGCCAUCACUAACCAAUCACCACACCCCCAAAGAGUGUAUGUCGAGGAAAUAUUUUUCAUGUAUUGGAGAAUUAGUCAUCUAGCUGAAGUAUGCCCCAUCUUUUCCAGGUCGGUGACAAAACUCCUUAGUUUAUAUAUUUACUGUUUAUGUUACAGCUCUGUGAGAGACUGGCAGGUGGGAUUUUGAAAGAAAGAUCUUGCCUUAAAUGGAUCACAGCUACUUCACCAAGGGAAUUAGAAGCUUCAAUCAUACAAUCAUAGAAUCUCCCGAGUUGGAAGGGACCCACAAGGACCAGUGAGUCCAACUCCUGGCUCCGCACAGUCAAGCCUGAUGUAUAAAAAACUCUGGGACCUUCUUGACACAACAAAUAUUUCUAGAGAAAAGAAAAUAAGUGCCCACAUGGCCACAGCCACAGUGUCACCACAUCCAACAAUGUCCUUGGACAUCUUAUACAAUAAAAAGCUGUAGCUAGCUAUUUUGCAAUCACCCAAACUCACUUUUUGCAAAAAGUUUCUAGUCUCAUUGUUGUGGAAAAAAUGAGAAAUUAAGUGAAUUUAAGCAAUUUUUUAGCCUUUAAAAAUACCUCUGAUUUUGAGCAACCAUAUUUUUGGGUUUAGGAAUACACUUUGCUCCCUUUCUGGGACAAGAAAACGACCAUCUCAUAGACUGCACCAAUCCCAAGACGAUGAAACAGCUAUAAGGCAUCUUUCUUGAAGAAGAACAUAUGAUUUUUGAAUCUACCACUUGCAGAGUUUGUCCACUAAGGCUUUGCACUGAGGCCUGGACAUGCCCAUCGAAACUCUGGCCUUAGUACAGAUGGAACAUGCCCCCUAUGUAUCACUUGGAAGAGACAUACUUACACUCACGUUAUACCUUUUAAUAUCUUCAAGAUAAAUACUGAAAUAAUGUGUGUAGUCUCCAGAAAUCAAUGUCCUCCUAAAAAAUAAGUCCAGGAAUAGCUUCAGAUUACAAGAUUUGUCUCUCUUCCCAAUUUGUUACAACAAAUAUAGUCACUGUACAUAUACAACUGAGAUAGGGAAGAAUCCCUUCAGUAAAUGUCUAUCAAUAAUAGCUACACUCCGAGAUUAUAAAUACAGAUUUAUAUAUAGCAAUAACCAAUGUUUGGAGCCUGAGCUGUUCCCAGUUUUGAUUAGGUUAAAAAGCAAAGUUCCUAUGCAUCACAGCAGAUACCUGAAUGAGCAGGUUCAAAACCCUUUUAGAACUUUUCCCAGUAAAUCCAAAAGUUGCAAUUUGUAUUUUUCCUCCAAUGCUCUCCGGAUAGGACAAGAGCUAUGAGAAACAGAUUCAUUAUCCAGUUCAAUGAGUUACCAUCACCACAGACCUUGUAAGUGUGAUUUCAGGUGUUCCAGUUUUCACCUAAUUGUUACUCCUCCUGUUUGUCACAAAGAUUAAUUAAGAAUGGCUGUACUGCUGUGGUAGGCACCUAUAUAAUCACAGCCAUUGUCAUCUGUUCUUAGUGUCAUAAUGCAAACCACCACAUCACAGACAUCACUGUGAAAACUAAGGAAAUGAAAUAGUGAAAUUUAAGAAGGUUAAGACAUGAACAGCAGUAUAUUUGAUUUCAAACACAUUACCUGAAUGUAAUUUAACCUAUUGACUUUGGUAAUGAAUUAUGUAAAAUUGUUUCAUGACUAAUAGAUAUUUUGUUAAAGCUGUUCUCUAAAGGCUUUCCCCUUCAGAGGGGGGAAGAAAAAGAAAAAAAUUCAAAGUCCUAUUUUUCAUCCUAAACUUCCAUUAGAUGAAAAAUAUUGUAACUGAUUUGGUGGUGACAUGAGCUAAGGAACCUUGCUGUGAGAUUUCACAAUAGAGCACAGCACAAUAGCUAAAGAAAAUGAUGGUUGUGGCUAUGGUAACCCAAAAUGAAAUAUGUUAUUUGCAUCGGUUUAUAACCAUACUGGGAUGCAAUUUACACGUUACUGCUGUAACAGGACAUGAUUGAUGUAAUCACAAAUGACCUAUCACAACAUGAAGUCACAAAGUGUUUUUCAAAAUUGUUUCUGAAAAGCAUUCAUGGGAAAAAAGUGCAUGACACUUGACAUCUCCUGGGCAACUUAAAAAAAAAAAAAAGAAAAUAAGAAGCAAAAAAGAAGAAAGACUGUAAAAUCGUUCUGCUAUUUCCAUUCAAGCUAUUUAUUUCUUUUCUCUCCCUUUAGCUAGUGAUAAGAAUAUUUGCCUAAAAUGCCUACUAAUCAGUACAUUCCCAAUUCUAAUAUUAUUUUAAAUUCAGUAAAAUCUAGCUGUUAAGCAUCUACAUUAAUAUCUGACCAAACAUAACCAAGUUUGCUAAAAUUCAGAAACCCACCCACCCUACCACUGGUCCCCAGGGUGGGGCCUGCCCUUUUAUCUCCUAGAGCACGGGUCAGCUGUGCGAUACCACAGCUGGAGACGUGGGGGCCUACGCUGUCACAAACACACGAUGACUGUGGUUAAGAGAGAUGUUUAACAAAAAAUAAGAACCACGAAACAGCAACAGGGUUACUGAAAAUGUAAUGUUGAGACAUGUCAAACAAGAUUAAAAAAAUACUUGCAUUUCCUACAACACUUUUAAGAAACGAUAAUUUUCUUCUGUUUAGCAAACCAACUGUGAACAUUUUGCUCACAUGAAAUACCCAAACCCAGACAGUCUGUGUCUGAAUCUCGCUCUCUGAGCGAGCCUGAAUCUCUAUCUAUCACUACUUCCUCCUCCACCACCAGCACUGGGGGUUCUCCAAGGCCGGUUUUAUCCAGUCAAGUUUAUCAGUAAGAAAAUGCAGGUACAGAACCCCCCACAGCCACACCUGGUGCAGGCUUUUCUCAUCACCCCGAGAGAGGACAGCUGCUCCCAAGUCAUGCUGAGGCUGAUUACCAUCACCUAACUCUCAGAGGAGCUCUCUCUGCCUAUCAAAGUCACCAAAAGGUCUGGGAAUGACCUAGUAGCUCUCAAGCCUCUCCCUGCUCAAAGCUGCAAAACUUGGAUGGGAUGUUAUAGCUUCAAAUCUCCUGAGGUACCAUCCAAGCCAGAGCAAAAGGCUGCUCAAAUCAACACUGACUUUCCACCUAAGGACAUCACCAGCCAAGAAAUCAUCUCUUAUGCCAAGCUCAGGUUUCCUAACCAAUAACUUGUCCCAGUCCCCUCAGUCAUGGCAGGUCUGAUGUUGGUGUGGAUCCAAAUAUUCCUAAAUAUUUCUUCCAACAGUUUGAUCUUCUGUGAUUCAAAACUACAUUCACAGCUUAGUCAUGGUGGAAACGGUUAAUUUUCUAACUUGUAAGUUAUUCGAUUUUGAAAAAAUAGGUGGAUAAUUCUUUCUUAAGAACGAGAAAUGCAAAGCAAAGCAAAUAUAGUUUAAUUGUCUUACGUAAGCUGUCUCAGCUGUCCUUAGGAAAAAAAAAAAAAAAAAAAGAAAAAAAAUCUUAUUUUUAUAGACAUUUUCACGUUUUCACUGAAAACAUAUAAAGUUGAAAAUACAGAGUAGUCACCCAUAAGUGGACUCAUUUUCAGUUUGAAUAACCUACAACUGGUAAAAGACAGCAAUAGUUCUUCAAAGUUUGGGGAAGUUUCAGUAGCAUGGGAACAUUUGCUGCAAAUUUUAACCAGAACUUGCAUUUUUCUAUCUAAGAUUUAGAACCUUUUCAUAAAAUUCCCUAAUCCCCAGUCUUUCUUACUUUUCACUGGUAUUAAGAAUACUUAGUAAAUGUUGAAAAAUAAUUUAUAAAUCCCAAACUUAUUUCCAGAGAUCAAUUCUUCCUCUCAGUGUUGGAACACAGCAUAAAACUUUUGCAAAUCAGCAUUCAUGCAAAGAGAACUGUUAGCAUGAAAGGAUCACUCGUGCAAAUACUUGCUCUUACAUUCAGUUUCUGCCCUGGGCAAAGUCCAUCAUCAAUGUUUCUGUGAGCAAGGAACGAUUCUCCAUGUACAAAUGGCGUAUAUUAAAACAUGGCCUGAUUUUCAGAAAAUGCUUGAAGGCACAGAAGGGAAGUGAGCCUUCUUUUAGCAUAUGACAGCUGGGACCUCCCAAAGUGGAAGCAUUGAUUUUCCUAAAAAACGUGGACCUGAAAUGAACGCUUGCACUUUCCUCCCCCAGGCAGAGACUUUGGCUUCUACUUUUAUUACAGUCCCUUUCCACAUAUAUUCUAGAAAGGUCUUCCUCUGCAGCUUUGAUUUAGUUUCAGGCCCAUUUCACUAGGGCACAGCAAAAGGAUUUGGAGUAUUUGAGAAACCUUCAAAUGAAGUUGCUAGAGAAGAGCUCGCAAUCUCCUGCUAAAUCACCUAUGCCAUCUGUCCAGAAUUUCCUCAAGAAAUUACUACAAAAACAUACAGCCAAGAUCAUAACGGUGUCCCCAGAUUCCUUUGUAGAUGUGUUCUUAAUGUUCAGGGUAAUUAUCUUCUCAACAAGACUCAACAAUAAUCACAGACUUUUCCUUAGGUAAUUUAAGGAUUUCAUAAAUGGUGAAGACAUUUCAGUGUCUUGGUCUAUAUACAGAUGAAAGCCAUGAUUAUAGAAAACUUACAAAAAUCUCUCUUCAGGGAAAAUGAGGAGAGUUUGCUACAUUUACUAAAUAAUGUAGCGGCUGCAUUCCCUCCUUUUUUUUCAAGGAAAGUAAUAGGUCCAUUUUGGCAGAGAUGCACAGUGUUAAUUUGACUCGGUCGUGCUCUGCCUGGCAGGCUCGCGGGUGCCAGGACGAGCAGCUGCCGCCUCCCUGGGCUUUGCACCCGGGGUCUGCCCACAGCUCAGCAUCCUGACUGCCUCCCUCAGCACCUAUCUUCUGCCUCAGUAGCAGCUCGCGAUACGGUAUGGAUCACAGCUACAGCAACAUGCCGGGCCUGAAGAACUGUGGUUUCUGUCAUACUCCUCCACCACAAUCUGGUUAUGUUAAUCCAGUCAUGCUUACAUACAAUGACUGACCUGGGCAUUCUUGAAAGAGAAAAGACCAGCAACCUCUGAGCAGAAAUGGCCGUGUUCUGACACAUGGGCACAGUCCUGCAGCUGAAAUAACAGAGAAUUCCAAGAAAUGGAAGCUGCUGGUAGUAAAAGAAAAGCUGCGUAUCAUCAGGGUUAAUAGCUGCUACCCAAGAUCCAUGAAUGAUUACAGAGUUACUCUUCUAUAUCGAACUUUCCAGUUCCAUUGGUAAUAUGCUGCCAGUCUGGGACAUCGGUGCACUGAUGGUGAGAAGGCUGUUUAUUCAUUACGCCGAAUAGAAGAGCUACAGGAACAAUGGCUUCAAAGGUCUCGUGCUUGUAUGUUUUGACAGUAGUUUGUUGGGCAAGUGCUCUUUGGUACUUAAGUAUAACUCGUCCUACUUCUUCCUACACUGGCCACAGACAGCUCAAUAGCAUAUCAAUAGCCAGGAAAAACGUUUCCUUUGGCAACAUAAGAACUCGACCUAUAAAUCCUCAUUCCUUUGACUUUCUUAUCAAUGAACCUAAUAAAUGCGAGAAGAGCGUCCCUUUCUUGGUCAUUCUUAUCAGCACAACUCACAAAGAAUUUGAUGCAAGGCAAGCAAUUCGAGAAACGUGGGGAGACGAAAACAACUUUAAAGGAAUUAAAAUCGCCACGCUAUUUCUUCUUGGAAAAAAUGCAGAUCCCGUGUUAAAUCAAAUGGUAGAGCAAGAAAGCCAAAUUUUUCAUGACAUUAUUGUAGAGGAUUUUAUCGACUCUUAUCAUAACCUCACUCUGAAAACAUUAAUGGGGAUGAGGUGGGUAGCAACAUUUUGUUCAAAAGCUAAGUACGUUAUGAAGACAGACAGUGAUAUUUUUGUAAAUAUGGAUAAUCUUAUUUAUAAGUUGCUCAAACCCAACACCAAGCCGAGGAGAAGGUACUUCACUGGUUACGUUAUAAACGGAGGACCAAUACGAGAUGUUCGCAGCAAGUGGUACAUGCCCAGAGAUUUGUACCCCGACAGCAAUUACCCACCCUUCUGUUCAGGCACUGGCUACAUUUUUUCAGCUGAUGUAGCAGAACUGAUUUACAAAACCUCCCUUCAUACCAGACUCCUCCAUCUUGAAGACGUGUAUGUUGGACUCUGUCUUCGGAAGCUGGGCAUUCAUCCCUUCCAAAACAGUGGCUUCAACCACUGGAAAAUGGCCUACAGCUUGUGCAGGUACCGCAGGGUGAUCACAGUGCACCAGAUAACACCAGAAGAAAUGCACAGAAUUUGGAAUGACAUGUCAAGCAAGAAGCAUCUUAGAUGUUAAGAUUUUUACAGAUGUAAAUACCUUUUUUAAAUAUUGCUUUAGCCUGGUUAUUUUUUGACAAAGUGAUGUACUGAUUUACAGGUUAAACUGUGGGAUAUUACUGUGAGAGGAUUUUUAAUGACUGAUUUUUCAUUCUCGUUUUGACUACUGGUUUACAGACUUCAGGCUCUUUUCAUAAGGACAUUACACCAAUCAAAAGGAUCUAGAGUCAAAUCUCAGAUUUUGUAUAUUAUCCUCUGUCACACAUAUCAGCUCCUGCAUCUGUACAGAAACGGACAGUAAUAAACUAUCAUGAGCUGCUUAACAGUUCAUGCCCCAGCCUCUGAGGUAAGACUCAGGCCCAAGAAAUGAAGAAUUACAAAUAUACUUUUAUCCCUUUUUGACACCCUACAAUCAUCCCUACUCAGAGCUUUGUUAAUAAAUUGAACUGUAUAUAUUUGCACUGAUCUUACACACCUACCUUAGCAUCUAUGUCUUACAGUACAAUGUGUGCAAUCUCCAAACAGCUUACAGAUGGCGCAGUAGCAGAAUUUAGACAGGUAAGAACAUCAAAGUCUCAUAGGCCUUAGAAACAAACCUACACACACAAGAAUAUUUUUAUUCCCCCAAAUCACAUCCCUUUAAAUCAUUUCAGAAAAUGCCCCACUUCUUUCUACUGCCAAAAGUAGCCCCUAAAAUAUCAAGUCAAAUUUUAAAAUGAAAUAGGAUCUGUAGAUGAAAUAUAAAACAGCAGAGAUGUAUGAAAAUACAUCUUAAAUAUCUGUGAUGAGUAUGAACACCUUAAUUUUAAAGCAAAUGCAACAUUUCUCAUUAGUAUGAGUGCAUGUGGAUCUCUACUUAUUUAGGAAUACUUUAAUGGGUCCAAUAACACUAUCACAGACUUUUGUUUGUUUGUUUGUUUUUUAAAGAUGAUUAUCUUAUAUAGCAAUAUAUAAUUAUUGAUACGCAUCAUAUUCCUUCAACAUCAGUUCGUACACUAUGUACCCGAAAAAAAUAAAAUAAACAAAAGUAAAGACAAAAGAACAUUUCUUAAGGGUAAACUACUUUUUGCUAUAGUGAAUAUAUGAAUGAGAUUAUACAAUAUUUAUAGUGGUUUAGACAAGCAGAAUUUUAUCCCACCCAUUUUCUGUCAACUGAAGAACUUACAGAGUACAUAACAGUUACGUACAACUUUUAUAGCAAAAAAGAAGACUUUUAAGAAUAACUUAUUAAAAACCAAACAACCUUCAAGCCUUUGUUACAAAUCUGUAGCUCUCCAUUAGAGCCAAUACUCAGAGGCCAAGCUCAAAAAAGAACCAGAACUCAAGAGAUCCCCAGAGCAUAUGGUAGAAAUUAAAUACACAAGAUUUUAGUCAAGUUUUGUAAUGUCCUUAUUUGUUUUGAAUAUGAACGUUGAUGAAAUGUGAUGAAAAUUAUUUCCUGGAAAACUCUUUGAUAGGUUCGAGCCAUCCCUACUCGAUAUCACCUUCCAACAAAGAACUAAAAUGUGACGUUGCUUAAUAAAUAACUUGGAACAAAGAAUUCACAGGCAAGUCACAGGUAUAAAACUCACCAAAUGUAGUAUUAGCUGUAGAGUACUCACACCAUCCACAGCAUGCACAAAAAUCUCAUACAUUUCAGCUGGAGAUAUGCAUAAUGUGAAAACUGGUAAGACUGUACCUUAUUCAGGAUGUCUAUACAGUUGUCAGAAAUUAACUGAACAAGGAUUUAAAGGAAAACUCUGAACUGAUUUUGCCAUAGGUGUACAUAGUACUUUGUAAUGAUAACAAAUGAAUGAAGAUGCUACCCCAAAAGUUUUGCAGUUUUACGACAAAGUGUUAGUCCCAUUCACACAUGCAGAACUGUUUUGAAAGGAACUACUUGUAAAUAAGGUGAAGUGCACCUGGCCCUUGAGCCACAAGCAUUAGAUGUCUCAGAGAUGUACUUCAAAUCUAAAGGUGAAGAUGCGCAAUACAUAGCCCAGGAGUUACUGCUAAUCAACAGGAGCUUGUGCAUCCUUCGUACGUGAAAAUCAGUAGUUUUAUAAAAAGAAAUACUGAAACUCCUGCAGCAUAUUAAGAUUUAUCCUUCCCUAGUUGAUCUAGUCCUUGUUAAAGUUGCUCUUGCUUCCUGUCAAACUCAGAACUCCAGCAAAACAAGGUCCAUCUAAUUGCACAUAUGAAUAUAUGUAUAUAAUACACAGAGAAUGAAAUUCAGCUUUUCUUAUCGAGGCCCCAGAAUAUGCAGUUUAGGAAGGGAAACUAGGGUGGAAUUCAUCCCCAGCCCUCGUUUAAGUCACAGAGCACAGGCGCAGCCCGACCAGGGCACGCUUUGUAAGAAUUCCAGCCAACAGGCUGCCAUCACUUCCCCAUCUGUCUGUGCUGUAAUCUGGGGUUUCUGAAUCCACAGCCAAAUGGACUUGGUGGUCUUUCUUCUCCCACUGACACUUUUGUGGCCUUUGGUUAGUAACCCAGAGGACAGCAGGGCUCUCAAGUCCUAGUACCUCAGGGCUCAAGUAGCACAGCAGCCUUGAAUUUCUCCCCUGGUAAUAAAUAGACUGCAUUAAUGAUUAGAGGAUACACCUUGAAAAUAGUAUCUGAAAAAUGUAUUUCCUGCCAUUUAUAAAUAGAUAGAUCUUCAACAGAAAUGUAAAUGUUCAUCUUGGAACUUAUGUACAUAUUUCUAAGACAUUUUCUUCUGUAUUCAGCUGUAUAUAUGCAUAGAGUCUGCUUGCUGUGUAGUAUUCUGUUGUGCAUGGAGCUGAGUUAGGCAUUAUAUUUGUCCAGUGUUUCAAGAGCCUUAAGCAUGUGUGCCCUAACUUCUGAAUGUACAAGUUUGUUUUUUUCUUUUAUUGUUAAGUGAAUUAAAAAGAAAACAAGAGCCUAAUUUUCUACUUCUAUUAAUUUUCUGAUAUUAGACUUCACUAGAUUGUUAAAUAUGUAUAAACAGAUUUACUUUCCCUUUGCUCAUAAACUGCAGUAUUGCAACCUAGAGCUAGAAAGGGAGCAAUAGAGCUACUCAUAGCAGUAUGGGAGUCACUGUCCCUUCCACUCAGAAGUAUUUGUGGCACCUUGGGUACUGUUAAAUAAAAUGUUUUGCAUUGGGCUUCCUUUAAUCAAAAGUAUUUAGUACUUAAAGGCCAUUUUGUUUCACUGGGCAUGGGGCAGAUGAAAAUUUGGUUAAGAUGUUCCAGCUUCUAGUCACUCCAAAAGUGUGAGUAUAAUCUUAUUUUGAUUUCAAAACGUACAUUAACAGAGCAUAUUGAGCUAAGAAUCUAUUCCUCACUUUUGGAGGAAUUUUCCACUUUCUUGGCUAAAUCUCUGACAGUAUUUAGACAGAAGUCUCAAGAUUCAUUUUCCAUCUUUUCUAAUAAUAAUGUUGAGUAUCAGUUUUGAUUCAUUGUAGGGAUUUUUUUUUUGUCUUUAUAACAUAGGUGGCAAUGGCAAUUUGUAAAUGAAGAAUGUAAUUAACUAGAAAAGCUUGUCAACAGUAACCGAACUUUAAGUGUAUCAUUAUAUAUGACUGGCUGUACUUAUGUAUUUAUUUGUCUAAAUUGUAUAUAUUGUUUUAUCUCUAGUGUCUGUAGGAGUGCAUUCUUUUAGAUUAAAGUAUUAUUUACAGUUUUGUGGGAUUGCCAGCAAAGCUGCUAAUCAAGAUACUAUUUUUUUGUAUCAAUGUCAAAUAAUAAAAAAAAUUAAGAACAGAGUCAAAAGAAAGAUUGGAAGUGUCAUGUACAGUUUUCUUCUUCAUUCCUCUCCAGAAACAUAAAUGGUAUUAUCCAAAAGCAUGAUACAAAUAAAUAGGUUCAUUUGUCAUGAGAAAGAAUAUUGUUCUGUAAAAGCAGAUUUAAAAAAAUCAUUGGAAAAAAUAAAAACAACAAAAAUAUUA